CCACUCUCGCCACCUUUCCUCAAAGAGUCCGGGUUGCCCUGCCCCUACCUCCAGCGUCCAUGAUUUUCCUCCGGUCUCCAUAUUCUGCUUACGCAAGCCACUCUGGGAAUUACAAACGACGUGCGCACCAUGUCACCGGAGUUCCGGUGUCAUGUCUCUCCCCCCUUCUUCCCGCGCAUGUUCGCCAUCUCCAUUUCCCACCCAGCUCGAACCGCACGAAACAGAACAGCAAAGGGACUCCGAUACCUCUUGUAUCUACCUACACCGGCGCAAACAAAAUCCGUCGCAGCUAACGGUACCUGCGAGCCGCCCAAACAUAUCUGAUAUCGCGUGUGAAUUAUGGUUCUCGUAGUGCAGUCUGCUGCUACUGCUCAGCGUGCGAGUUCGAGCUUCAGCUACCGCACCGACUUAUCUAUGGCUGCCGCUGCCGCGGUGUAUGACCAGCACACGAAUGGCGGUCUUCCCCGGUCGCCACCUCUCAGCGCCGGCGCUGCAGAAACCGGCCCGACUUCUACCUCGCCGUCCUCGUCGGCUUCCCCUCCGACCUCUGGCGCAGCCACCGAAGUGUUCACUUGCACUGUCUGCUCAAAGAAUUUCGAAAAGCGAACAUCGCGCGACCGCCAUACGAGACGAUGUCGCAAGAAGCGACCGGAAGACGUGAUUCCGCGAAAGAAGAGCUGCAACCACUGCGCGAGCUCAAAGGCGCGGUGCGACCAGCGACGACCACAAUGCACCCGCUGCCGAAGCAAGAGUCUUGGAGGUUGCGAGUAUGCAUACCAACAGACUCCACAGGAACAACAACAGCAGCAGCAGCAACACCAACACCAACAGCACGCGUCGUUACAGCACUCGUCGCCCGAUAAUGAUCACCAUAUCGAUCUAGGAUUCACAGAUCCGAUGCUAUUGGGAGACGUUGAUAUGAAUACGUGUAUGAACGGAGAUAUGUUUGGAUGGGGUGAUGCGUGUCCUGCGCAAUCUCAAGCGCAACAGCUGAUCCGACGACAACCAAGCCCAAAUGAUUUCAGCACAUCUCCCAGUCAUUCUCUACAGAUCAACACUCCAACAAUGACGAUGGGGCACUCGUCCUCCUCUGCCUCGCCGGACUCCUCGUGCGACUUUGGACUCGUCGGCCUCUCGCAUAGCUCUCAGGCGUCAGAUCAGAACUCCCUCAUCACACGACAGCCUACGCUUCCGUCGAACGCAUAUCCCCAAGUCGAGCUCGUUACCCGCCUCCUCGCCUCAUUCCCGGGACUGCUCAAGAAGCCAACAACAGCCCCUCCGUUCAUCCACCGACGACGUCUGCUCCCCGGCAAGCGGGCCGAGCCCCUUGCAAACGUCACAGCCCUCGUCCACAUGACAUCCGUCAAAUCUGCCGAGAACAAGACAUUUGUUUCGUCCAUGAUCCUUGCCGAGUGGGGCCGUCUAGAGAAAUCCAUCAUCAACCACGUCGGCGAAGAAGGCUGGCCGCUCCUUGAGAAUUUCCAAGCGCUGGUGACCCUCGGGCUGUUGCGACUGUUCGACAACGACAUGGACAUGAAAGAUGUACACGGAUUGGAGACAUGCGCGGCAAGGGUCGGGUUCGGUGGGCUUUUCGUCCCCGAGACUGGUCCGUUGCCCGAUACCGCCAGUAGUUGGGAUACGUGGUUGUUUAUCGAGAGUAAGCGACGCACCUUCAUCACCGUGUUCCUACUCGAUCGGCUCUUCCAUUAUCGCAACGGACUGUCGCCGCUGCUAUGUGACGGCCUCGGUGCGGUGCUGCUUCCGGCAGCACGAAAGGUGUGGGAAGCCGAUACAGCGGAGGAGUGGGACGAGGAGAUGGAGAAUAUCCGGUGCUUCCCGGGCUGGGAGGGUCGCUGUAAGGGCGACUGGGUGACGUUGUCGGAGCUGUGGGAAGGCUCGCCGAGGAUGGGCGCCUGGUAUGCGGGCAUGGACGCACUGUCGAGUGCCAUGAUGGCGGACGCGAUUGUUGCCACGGGUGAUCACUUCAAGACACACAAUCGUUAAAGUAGCGAUCGGGUGGAGUCUAGUGGGUCGGUGGGGUAUUGGUGUUUCGGCGUUUUCGGGGAGAUGGGUGGAGGGGCUACAUGAGACGAGAUUGGGGGG